AUGUUAGCUUCAGGAUCAGGUGACCAGGGAGCACGGUUUCUGCUGCUCUCGCUUCUGGUCCUCGCUCUUCUGGACACCGGGAGCGCCCAGGUCCACUACUCGGUCCCCGAGGAGGCCAAACACGGCACCUUCGUGGGCCGCAUCGCGCAGGACCUGGGGCUGGAGCUGGCCGAGCUGGUGCCGCGCCUGUUCCGGGUGGCGUCCAAAGGCCGCGGGGACCUCCUGGAGGUAAAUCUGCAGAAUGGCAUUUUGUUUGUGAAUUCGCGGAUCGACCGCGAGGAGCUGUGCGGGCGGAGCGCGGAGUGCAGCAUCCACCUGGAGGUGGUGGUGGAGCGGCCGCUGCAGGUUUUCCACGUGGAGGUGGAGGUGAAGGACAUUAACGACAACCCGCCUGUGUUCCCAGCGACACAAAAAAAUCUGUUUAUUUCCGAAAGUAGGACUCUUGACUCUCAUUUUUCACUAGAGGGCGCGUCUGAUGCUGAUAUCGGGGUCAACGCUCUGCUGACUUACAGACUGAGCUCCAGUGAGUAUUUCUCUUUGGAAGUACCGACCAGCGACGACCAGGUAAAACCACUUCAACUGGUACUAAAAAAACCUUUGGACAGGGAAGUAGCUUCGGAGUUUCUCUUGGUGCUUAAAGCAACAGAUGGGGGCAAACCUGAGCUGACAGGUACUGUAGAGUUACAGAUCACAGUGCUGGAUGUAAAUGACAAUGCGCCAGUGUUUGACAAAGCAGUCUAUCGUGUAAAAUUACUGGAAAAUGCAAGGAAUGGUACAUUGGUUAUUAGACUUAACGCCUCGGAUUUGGAUGAGGGUUCAAAUAGCCAUAUUCUUUAUUCCUUUGCAACUGAUGUCACCUCAGAUACAGGAGCAUCUUUUUGCAUAGAUUCAGCCAGUGGAGAAAUAAAAGUAAAUGGCAGAAUAGAUUUUGAAGAAACUAAAUUAUGGAAGCUUCAAAUAGAAGCAGUUGAUAAAGGAAGUCCCCCAAUGUUUGGUCACUGCACAGUCUUGAUAGAAGUUUUGGACAUCAAUGAUAAUACUCCGGAGUUGCUAGUGACUUCACUAUCACUUUCUGUCCCUGAGGAUGCUCCACUGGGGACCGUCAUUGCCCUAAUCAGUGUAACCGACCGUGACGCCGGUGACAAUGGCAAAGUAACCUGCUCUCUAACACCCCACGUCCCCUUCAAGCUGGUGUCCACCUUCAAGAAUUACUACUCGCUGGUGCUGGACAGCGCCCUGGACCGCGAGAGCGUGUCGGACUAUAAAUUGGUGGUGACAGCGCGGGACGGCGGCUCGCCCUCGCUGUCGGCCACCGCCAGCCUGUCCGUGGAGGUGGCCGACGUGAACGACAACGCGCCGACCUUCGCGCAGCCCGAGUACACGGUGUUCGUGAAGGAGAACAACCCGCCCGGCUGCCACAUCUUCACGGUGUGGGCGCGGGACGUGGACGCGCAGGAGAACGCGCGGGUGUCCUACUCGCUGGUGGAGCGGCGGGUGGGCGAGCGCGCGCUGUCGAGCUACGUGUCUGUGCACGCGGAGAGCGGCAAGGUGUACGCGCUGCAGCCUCUGGACCACGAGGAGCUGGAGCUGCUGCAGUUCCAGGUGAGCGCGCGCGACGCGGGCGUGCCGCCUCUGGGCAGCAACGUGACGCUGCAGGUGUUCGUGCUGGACCAGAACGACAACGCGCCCGCGCUGCUGCCUUCGUGGGCGGGCGGCGGCGGCGGCAGGGAGAGCGAGGUGGUGGUGUCGCGGUCUGUGGACGCGGGCCACGUGGUGGCGAAGGUGCGCGCGGUGGACGCGGACUCUGGGUACAACGCGUGGCUGUCUUACGAGCUGCAGCCGGCGGCGGGUGCUGAGCGCAGCCCGUUCCGCGUGGGGCUGUACACGGGCGAGAUCAGCACGACGCGCGCCCUGGACGAGGCGGACGCGCCGCGCCAGCGCCUGCUGGUGCUGGUGAAGGACCACGGCGAGCCGGCGCUGGCGGCCACGGCCACCGUGCUGCUGUCGCUGGCGGACGGCGGCCAGGUGCCGAAGUCCUCGUUACGUGCGUCUUCCGGUGCUGCGGUCGCCGAGACGGCGCUGGUGGACGUGAACGUGUACCUGAUCGUGGCGAUCUGCGCGGUGUCCAGCCUGCUGGUGCUCACGCUGCUGCUGUACACGGCGCUGCGGUGCUCGGCGCCGCCCAGCGAGGGCGCGUGCGGGCCGGGGAAGCGCGUGCUGCUGUGCUCGAGCGCAGUGGGGAGCUGGUCGUACUCGCAGCAGAGGCGGCAGAGGGUGUGCUCUGGAGAGGGGCCGCCCAGGGCAGACCUCAUGGCUUUCAGCCCUAGUGUUCCUCCUGGUUCGAGUUCCGGAGAUAGUGGAGAACAACAGAUUUGCGGUAAUGUAAGUACAGUAAUUGUGGAAAGUAUUUCAUGCCUAUUAAUAUCAAUCACAUAG